CAAAACAAGACCAACCAAAGGAAGCCACUUAGAGGUUGCAAAUCAGCUUCUUCGGUGAGUGAGUGAGUGCUCUUCUGUCACUGUAUACCCACCAAUGGCAACUCUUGGUGCUGUCAAAUUCCUGCUCUGUCUCCUUAUGAUAUGGCUCAUCAACUUUCUACCUCUAUGCCAAGGCCUAGGUAAACAAAACUUGAACAAUGGAUAUAAAUACCCUUUCAUAAGAAAAGCAAGUUCAUUCUCAUCUCCACCAUCAAUUUCAACCACCAACACAAAUGAUGGUUAUGACUACAUAAUAGUAGGUGGUGGAACAGCAGGGUGCCCUUUAGCUGCAACCCUCUCACAAAACUUCAAUGUUUUGUUGCUUGAAAGAGGAGGAGUACCUUUCACAAACCCCAAUGUGUCAUUUCUUGACAACUUUCACAUUACUUUGGCAGAUAUUUCACCAACUUCAGCUUCACAGUUCUUCUUGUCAACAGAUGGAGUGUUCAAUGCAAGAGCAAGGGUUUUGGGUGGUGGUAGCUCCAUUAAUGCUGGCUUCUAUACUAGAGCAAGUUCAAGAUUUAUACAGAAGAUGGGGUGGGAUACAAAGCUAGUAAAUAAGUCAUAUCCUUGGGUUGAGAAGCAGAUUGUUCAUCGUCCAACAUUUUCACAUUGGCAGAGAGCAUUUAGGGACGGUCUUCUAGAUGCUGGUGUGUCUCCUUUUAAUGGAUUCACCUAUGAACACAAGUAUGGAACCAAAGUUGGUGGAACCAUUUUUGACAGAUUUGGUCGCCGCCACACUGCUGCUGAAUUGCUUUCUUCUGGAAAUCCUAACAAACUCACUGUCUUGAUCUAUGCCACUGUCCAAAAAAUUGUAUUUGAUACAACAGGAAAAAGACCAAAAGCAAUGGGGGUGAUUUUCAAGGAUGAAAAUGGGAAACAGCAUAAGGCAAUACUAGGAAAUGAUAGGGAGAGUGAAGUGAUUGUGUCUAGUGGGGCAAUUGGAACUCCUCAAAUGCUAUUACUCAGUGGAAUUGGCCCAAAAGCAGAACUUGAGAACUUGAAAAUCCCUGUGGUACUUGACAACAGAUUUGUUGGGAAGGGUAUGGCUGAUAAUCCAAUGAACACAAUUUUUGUUCCUCUUAAGAAAUCAGUUAAACAAUCAUUGAUAGAAACAGUUGGUAUUACCAAUAAGGGUGUGUAUAUUGAAGCUAGCUGUGGAUUUGGACAGACCAAUGAUAGCAUUCAUUGCCACCAUGGUUUGCUAUCAGCUGAGAUUGGGCAGCUCUCAACAAUCCCACCUAAACAAAGAUCAGCAGAAUCCAUUAAAGCUUUUGUGAAGAACAAAAAAGACAUUCCAAUUGAAGCAUUUAAGGGAGGAUUCAUCUUAUCAAAAGUUGCUAAUCCAUGGUCAACAGGUGAUCUCAAAUUGAUCAACACAAAUGUGGAUGACAACCCUGCUGUUACCUUCAACUACUUCAGUCACCCUUACGAUCUUCAUCGCUGUGUCGAAGGAAUCCGGUUAGCAACAAAAGUUGUCCAGUCACAGCACUUCACAAAUCUCACUUUGUGUGAAAAACAAACUACAGAACAACUUCUUAACAACACUGUGAAGGCUAAUAUCAACCUUAUACCAAAGCAUGUCAAUGAUACAGAAUCACUAGAACAGUUUUGUAGAGACACUGUGAUCACUAUUUGGCACUAUCAUGGUGGAUGCCAUGUAGGGAAGGUUAUCGAUUCGGAUCAUAAGGUUCUUGGUGUUAACAGACUUCGUGUCAUAGAUGGAUCAACAUUUACCGAAUCGCCGGGAACAAAUCCUCAAGCUACUGUCAUGAUGAUGGGCAGGUACAUGGGAGUGAAGAUUUUAAGAGACAGGUUGGGAAAACUUGCUGGUGUUUGAAGACAAGUAUGUAUGUAGUGUGAUAGUUGAGGAUCUUCUCAAGAAAAAUGAAAAAAACAAAGAAAGUGUUGCUAGAAGACUAGAGUAUUAUUAGCUUGAGUUAAGUUAGUGCAUCUUGUUUUUUUGUUAAUUGUGAGUGAAGAGUGAUUAUUAAACAACGAUGAAAGUUUUGGUUUUAGAAGUAAAAAAUGUAACUCUUCAUGGACGUGCAUGCUUAAACUUUGACCCAUCUAUUUGUAAUAGUCUCUAUUGUAGUCCUCACGGUUAUUGUUUAAUUAUUAGUAUCAUUUUAUCA